UGACAGGGCCGUGGUUUCAAUUAACUGUCAGGCUCAGUCCUCGCAAUGAGCGAAUGAAGGUCAACCCAACCUGGAUGCUACCUCCACCCUAUGAGAAGAGGUGUCUCAGGAACCUUUAAUAUGGAACAGAAUUCUGAACAAAAGAAGGAUGCCUCUUUUUCUGAUUGCCUGAAUUUUCCAAGUUCUCCAGCAAGGCUGCAGCCUAGAAGACACUCAGCCAUUUGGACAAACAAAGAGCUAGUCAACUGUGCAGAUCAACCCAUAACCAACUUAAAUGUUAUUCAAACAGAAUAUGCUAAGACUCUGCAUUUAAAGAAUAUUGCUGUGCUUGACAAUGAUGAAAGGAUAAGGCAUGCCUCCGUUGUUACUACCUUGAAUCAGAGUCUAAUACCAUCUUCCAGAGUACAUUUAGAGGAAGCUCAGAGGAAGAAGAGUAAAAUGAAAUACUGUUCCAAGAAAAGUCAAUUCAGUACUUCUACUGAAAAACAAGAAGGAAAAGUCAACUCUGUGACUGCUAAUCUAGAUAAAGAAAAGAAUAUUGCAUUCCUUUUAAAUGAAUUGGAUGUUCUAAGGGCAAACAAUAAGAAGCUUCAGGAUCAGCUGUUUGAAAAAGACAAGGAAUUGAAGACACUAAAGCUGGACUUAGAGCUACAAGAGAGUAUAGCAGAAGCCAAGAUUGCAGAAAAGGCUGCAGCUCUGGUAGAAGAAAUUCAUUCCGCACAACACGCCCAUGAUGAAGCCAUCAUGGCUAGGCUGAAGUUGGCCAGUGAGGAGAGGAAUGAUGCAUGUAAACAAGUAAGGCAACUGGAACAACCUCUCAAAACGCUAGAAAAUAUUAACCCUGAAGAAAAUGACAUGACAUUACAGGAAUUACUGAACAGAAUAAACAAUGCAGACACCGGUAUGGCGAUAUGGAGGACAGGAACUAUAAUUGUCGAUCGCAUAUACAGGACCCAGAAACAGAAAAAGAAAAUAACAGCUGAAGAAAUUAAUGCAUUGAUAGAAGAGCGAGAUGCUGCACUGGCUCAAACAUGAUUUGCCAAAUAAACGACGGAAGGAUUUUUAUCUUGAUGAAGAAAGGA